AUGUUGACAGCUCGAUUCGAGCUCCGUGCCCUAUGUGGCCACUUGUUCUAUUUAUGCCUCGGUUUGCUUCUACUCCUACACCCUGGAGAAGCAUAUCAGAAGAUAUCAGAUGAGAAGUUAAAAGGUCUGCCCCGACCAGGUGAAGACUUUGAUAUUCACACUGGCUCGCUUUUGUCGCCAAUUCUUCAAACUCGUGUUCCUGGAACCCCAGGUCACACGGCGGUACUCGAGCAUCUCACGAACUUCUUUCGAACUUCGUUGCCCAAAUGGGAGAUUGAAUUUCAGAACUCCACUUCAAAGACUCCCAUCUCCCAUGGGAAAGAAGUUCCCUUUGUCAACUUCAUCGCAUACCGAGAUCCCCCGGGAGUUCCCAAGGGGGACGUUGGGCGCUUGACACUAGUUGCCCACUAUGAUAGCAAGAUAGACCCCAAGGGCUUCAUCGGCGCGAUCGACAGCGCAGCGCCUUGUGCUAUGAUUAUGCAUGCCGUGCGCAGUAUCGACUCUGCACUGGAGAGAAAGUGGGCCGCAAUGCAGGAGCAGGGCAUGGAUCUCUCCGACGAGCAUCAGGGAGUACAGGUGCUUUUCUUGGAUGGCGAAGAGGCCUUCCUAGAGUGGACAGCUACCGACUCUCUCUAUGGAGCUCGUUCGCUGGCAGAGCAUUGGGAUAAGCAGGUGAAUCCGGCUAUGUCGACAUUCAAGAGUCCCUUAUCGGCCAUUUCUCUCUUCGUGCUUCUUGAUUUGCUUGGCGCAAAGAAGCCUACUAUCCAGUCCUACUAUCCUACCACACACUGGGCGUAUCAGAACCUUGGCACUUUGGAGAAGCGUCUCCGGUCUCUCGAUCUAAUGAAAUCGAAAAAGACACCAUGGUUCGUCGAUGCAGACAAGAAUGCUCAUCAGGUCGUAUCAUUGGGCGGUAUUCAGGACGAUCACCUGCCAUUUCUCGCUCGUGGGGUGGAGAUCCUGCACUUGAUCGAUUACGCUCAUUUCCGGGGCUUUCCUGAGGUGUGGCAUACUGCCUUGGAUGAUGCUGAGCAUUUGGAUAUGGAUACCGUCAAGGAUUGGAGCGUCCUGAUGACCGCGUUUGCCGCAGAGUGGAUGGAUCUGGAAGAUUUCCUCGAACAUAGCGAGGCCCCGCGCCAAGUGGAAAAGAUUGAACGUGGGGAAGAUACGCAGACCGUGGACGAGGAGAGGAGGACUGAGUUGUAA